AUGAAGAUCGAUCCAGCAAGGCCGGAGGAGAUGGACAAGCUGCAAAGAGCCCGCUCAGCCAGCGCCCGCUACUCUUGGAUCGAGGGAAACCAGAAGAACUUCCUAAUCUCGGGCCAGCUCUUCGACCAGAAGCCGUGCGGCUUUCAACCGAGCACACCGAAGAGUUUGGCCACCAGUCAGACAGUAGCUGGCUUGAGGGAGGACUCCAGGCUCCAGGAGAUGUCGAUGUACGUCACGGCCAGAGGAGGCACGCCACUUCCUGCACUUGGCCCACGUGCAGAAGAUGACUUUAGCACCACUUUGUCGCCUAUGAACCGAGUGCGAUCAGUGCCCACAGAGUCCCCAUCUCCGCAGGCAGACACCUCUGUCCGAGCCUUCUACUCCAGGACCGGGAAGCGCGGGCUGGCAGAAGCCGGCAGUACCCGAGGUUUCGGAAGCACCCAGAACGGUGCCUUCAACACGAGCGGCUACUUGGAGCAGACCUCGGAGUGGUCCAACCGACAGACGCAGAGUCGACUUCAGCGAGGGGCAGAAGCAACGUCAAUGCGGCGCAGCAGGAGCACCUUCAAUCCCUACAGCAGCGUUGCAGGUUCGAGGAUGCAGGAGGGGGACUCCCAUCAGGGGACGAUGACGCACUUGCCUUCCGCUGGCGUCGAGCCGCCCCCGCGUCCGAGCACGCGCGAGGCCAUCGCGGGCUUGCGUGCAGAGGGCCUGAGUGCAGCAGACAAUCACGUCCGGAAGCUGGCCAGCAUGCCAAGCGCGAACGAAUCUGUAGAAGAGCUGUAUCGGAAGCGCACGCAAGAUGAGGAUGCAGUGCCGCCACUGCACCGACAAACCCAUUCGAUGCCCGACUUAAACAGCGACUCUCACACCACCAACUCUCACGCCACGGAGGCGUCCCGGCGAUACAAUGACGACGUGGAUCGAUGGCUCCGAAGACUAUUGGUUUCCAAAGGUUGUCACCUUAGCCCCAUGAAUGGUGAGCAUGCAGACUAG